UAGGGCGCUUGGGACCUGGAAGGAGGGAGGGAGCUAGGCAGGGGGUCCGGGCCCUUGGCCAGGGCUGCAGGAAGAGGAGCAGGAGGAAGAGGAGGAAGAGGAAGAGGAGGAAGGAGCCCUGCUGCAGCUGCAGUGGCUGGAGGGCCAUGUAAUCUUGCUGUUUCCUUUGGAUUUCUCAACUCAGCAGUGCUUGGAACCUUCCUUCUUCCCCUUCGUCUCUACGUUUGACCUGCCUCCUUCCAGGAUGUCCCAGGCUGGAGCCAUCAUGUGUUUCCAUCCUGAGGGAGACCGUGUCAUGUCACCUCAGCACUUUGCUCGAGAGCUGGAAAAGAGGCCUUGGCUAUCACCUUCCAAGAAUGCUGAACCUGCUGCCUUUAUCCCCCAGCACUGUCUCACUCCCAAUCUCAAUGCUGGCAGGAUUCACCUUCUCCGUAAGGGACUAACUCCGGAGGGAAGGCGAUCCCAGCUGGGGAUGUAUAACAGCACUGGCUCCCUCAUCCGGAAGGUGACAGAGAUGGGUUACCUUGGCAAUGGCAGCUGUCUCAGCUCAGGGAGGGUAACAGCCCCAUGUACACCACUGAGAAGCAGGCCUCCACCCUCCCUUUGCUCCCCAGGCAGCCGCACCCCCUUGGUGGCCCCAGUCUCUGGUGGUCAAAGCUCAGUUGUGACCUUCCGCUUUAUUGAGAAGGCCAGUGUGAAAACUUUGAAUGGCCUCCCAUUAGUAGAGUCCAAGAAGGAAAGUGGUCUGAACAGGAGCCUGGAGGAGGCCCUCCAAUUUGGCUGCAGCAAGCAAGGCAGUUGUUGCCCCACUAUUCAAAAUCAUCGUUCCCCACAGCACAAAGUCACAGUGUCUCUAGAGCCUGUUGCUCUAGAUAUGAACCAAAGCUGCAAACAGAAGACAGAUGAGUAUGGUUUGGCCAUUACUAACCCUACAGGUGGACAGGCACCAAUGGCUCCAAGCAGUAAAGGAAAGGAACACCUUGGCCAGAAGCUGAAACUGGAGACAUCUGCUUCAGACCCUCUGCUGGCUGGAAGUAGGUUUCUUUCAGGUGCACAGUCCUCUUUCAGCCUGGGCAGUGGAAGCCCACAUCCUCUCAAUGCCAACUAUCUCUCCAAUUCCCUCACCAAUGGGAUGAGUAGCCCUUCUAAUGAUAUCUCAUUGCUGAGGAGAGGUCCACAGAGUGGGGAAUCACAGUACCAGGGCAGCCUGUGGACAUAUUCCCGAGAGAGCUCUGCUCAUGCCCAGCGCAUUGCCAAAGCCAAAUGGGAAUUCUUCUAUGGCUCAUUGGAUCCUCCUGGGACAGGGAUAUCGCCUCAGAAUACACCUGAUCCUCCACCUCAGCUCCUUCAGAAAUCCAGCCAUCCAGUGCAAGUAAAACAAGACUGGGUGCAUCCAGAACACAACUUGUGUCAUGUAGAGGUAGAAAUUGAGAUGGCUCCACCAGGUAGUACAAACCCUGGAAACUGUGAAACUGGAAUUAUCCGCAGAACAGUGAAGUAUUCUGAAACGGACUUGGACUCUGUACCCUUGAGAUGCUACCAUGAAACCAACAUUGAUGACAUCUUGGCUGAAAAAGAUGAAGUGGAUUCAGCCAUUGAGAGCCAGAAGGAUAGUGAAAGCAAUCUGAGUUUCACAGGAAUCUUGGGAAAAGGGAACACUCUUCCAGAGGACCUCUUAAUUCAGCACGAUAAGGAACAUGAUGGCAAGUGUUUGAGAAAUAAGAUACAAGACAAUGAAGAUGAUGAGGUAUUUGAAGCUAUACAACAGCAACAUGAGAGGAUCAUCACUAGAGAAGCCCAAGGAUUGCUGAAGUCCCCUGUGCCCUUUCUCCUUGGUCACAGCUUAUCCAAGGAUGGUAUGGAUUCAUUCAGCAAGCAUUUUGAGAGCAUCAUGGAGUCUCACCGAGCCAAAGGGACGUCUUACACCAGCCUAGAUUCCAUUGACAUAUUGUCCUCCCCAGCUCACACAUACAGUGGAACAUAUUUUACUUUUGAUCUCCCUACUCUUACCCCAGAAAUACAAGAGCAAAUUCGAGACAGUGCCAAACUCAUUGAACAAAACUUUGCCCCAUUGGCCCCCGUAGAGCCAGAUUCUGGAACUAGUUCUGCCACUGAUGUUCCAUGGACUGAGCGGGAAGAGGAGCCAAAACGCGGAAGGAAUGGUGGCUUGCAGAGUCCCUGCCAUUCUGAGGAGAGCUUGGGAAUCCCCUUGGCCUCCAUCUUAAGUGAGCAUCCUCUAAGUCACUUGGUCUCUGACUCGGAUUCUGAAAUGGACAGCACAGAGCAACUAGCCCUGGGCAGCACGGACACGCUCUCCAAUGGGCAUAAGGCUGAUCUGGAGGCUGCUAAGCGCCUGGCAAAGAGGCUCUACAAUCUGGAUGGUUUCAAAAAAGCAGAUGUAGCCCGCCAUCUGGGGAAGAAUAAUGAUUUUAGUAAGAUGGUUGCAGGGGAGUACCUCAAGUUCUUUGAAUUCACUGGAAUGAGUCUGGAUCAAGCACUGAGGUCCUUUCUAAAAGAGCUAGCCCUCAUGGGUGAGACCCAGGAGCGGGAAAGAGUCCUAGCUCAUUUUUCACAACGCUACUAUGAGUGCAAUCCUAAAGCCAUCUCUUCUGAGGAUGGAGCCCACACUCUGACCUGCGCCUUGAUGCUGUUAAACACAGACCUUCAUGGACAUAACAUUGGGAAGCGAAUGUCCUGCUUAGAUUUUAUUGGCAACCUAGAAGGACUCAAUGAUGGAAGUGAUUUCCCUCGAGAGCUUCUCAAGGCUCUGUAUAGCUCCAUCAAGAAUGAAAAGCUGCAGUGGGCCAUAGAUGAAGAAGAAUUGCGCAAGUCCCUUUCAGAGCUAGCAGAUCCCAACCCAAAGUCCAUCAAACGUAUCAGCAGCUGCAGCAACCCUUUCCUGGACUUCUCACAGGAUCCCAGCAUUGCUACAUACAAAUAUGGUAUCCUGGUGCGCAAGAGCCAUGCUGAGCCAGACUGCAAAAAGAGUACCCCCAGAGGAAAGCGAGGAUGGAAGACUUUCCCUGGAAUCCUGAAAGGAAUGAUCCUCUAUCUGCAGAAGGAGGAGUAUAAGCCUAGCAAAGCCCUGGCAGAGGAGGACCUGAAGAAUGCCAUUAGCAUCCAUCAUUCCUUGGCCACCCAGGCAUCAGACUACAACAAGAGACCCAACGUCUUCUACCUCAGGACAGCAGACUGGAGAGUCUUCCUCUUUCAGGCUCCUAACACAGAACAAAUGCAUUCUUGGAUCACACGUAUCAAUGUGGUAGCAGCCAUGUUCUCUGCACCCCCAUUUCCAGCUGCCAUUGGGUCCCAAAAAAAAUUCAGCCGCCCAUUGUUGCCCAGCUCCACCACACGACUGUCUCAAGAGGAACAAGUGAAAAGUCAUGAGACCAAAUUCAAAGCCAUGGCAGCUGAACUGCUAGAGCACCGCUCUUCCCUGCCUGAGAAGAAGGUGAAGGGCAAGGAGUAUGAAGAACUGAAACAGAAGGAGGAGUAUCUGAUAUUUGAGAAAUCACGCUAUGGUGUCUAUGCUACAUUAAUGCGUGCCAAGGCGAAGACUGGUUCUGAGGACCUGGCAGCGUUGGAGGCUGCCCUGUUUGAUACCGCAGGCAGUGCCGAGGACAACCUCAAGAAAUCCCGGUCCAACCAUUCUCUGGACCAGGAGCCAGUGGGCACAGGGUCCCAGACCAAGCGCAGUAGUUGUCAAGCUGCCAGCAGCCUGCAAAAAUCCUAGAAGAGCCUGGUGCCUGCCAGGGGAGUGCCAUACUCAUCCUAUAAACCUGCAUGACUUCAUCCUCUGUGGACCCCGUAGGAGGCCAGAGGGCAUCUUGCUGUGGACCAGAUCCUGUGUCAGCUUCACCAGCCAGGAAGAGGAGCAGUGUCCUAUCUUGACCGCAGUCCCUGUGUGUGCAGCUUUCCUAGUCUCAUGAGACUCUGGUUCCUGCAUGCGUGAAGCAACCAAAAACCCCAUGGGUAACAGAGUAACAGGGUUGCUUUCUAGAUCACACAGGCGUACCAUAGCAGAAAGGACCUUUUACCAUUUCUAUUAAAGGGGAGGGGGGCUGGCUGCUCCACACUGUACCCCCUUCCUUGUCAGUUUCUUACAGGUCUUGUGAUACAGCGUUUUAAAUUUUUUAGUACCUGAUAAAAAUUGUAUCACACUGGGAUAGAGAUAAUUCUGCUGCUACAAAAAACACAGACACUUGCUCCAUUUAGUCAACAGUUUUGCCUAGUUUGGGGGAGAGGGUCCCAUCCCUCCUGCAGACAUAAUGCUUGCACUGGCUGCCUACAGGAGAACUAGCAACUCCUGCAUGGAUGCCCACUUCCUUCACCACCAGCAACAGUCCUGGACUGGCUCAAUUAUUUUUCCACCAGCAUGUGCGGGACCUUGCUUCACCCUGAUACUCAUUCAGCACUUACAGAACAGGCCAGGUUUUGCAAUGUGGCCAGCAUUAACAGGGUAAAAACCAGGGACAGUGGAUGCCUCCCAGGUGGCAGCCUGCCAAAGCCAUAGUAGGGUGGCCCAUGAGCACACCUCUCCCUUGAAUCCCUCCCCCCACUUCCCCACAUAGACCACUGUGGAUGGUGGGCCUUACUGGCCUCAUAGACCCUGGCCUUCAUGUGAAUCUUAGAAAUUGCAGGGACUAGAACAGAGGAGCCAAGCUAUAUUGGCCUCUGAAGACCUAGCUAGAGAGAAAGUAGAGACAUUUUCUAGCCCAGGAGUGACAGGUGGGGAUCGAUUCUGAAACUGCCAGGAGUACUUCCACACUCCCCAAACCCUUGCCUGCAAAAGAAAGAAGGAAAGCUAGUGCCCUUUCAGCCCCUGUAAAUAGCCUGCUUCCUUAACUUUGAAUUUCAAAGGGCUUUAAGGUUACAGCUACAAUACUUGACAACAACUGCAUGUAUGCAGUGGAAAAUGAAAGCCCCAGCUGAUUGCAUAGAGGGAUCCAGGCAAGCAGACAGAUACUGCACACAUGGAAGACCCAAAGUUUACUUCUAUGGUUGGUGUAUUCCAGGGUAGUGGGUGGGAGGAGAGUGCCCACUCCCAAGUUGAAGGGGCUGGUUGUUUCCAGCACUAACUCUCUGAAUGUGUCAAUUUUUUUAUUCUACUCAAGUUGACUGUAAAAACAAACAAACCCUAAAGAGCUCUGUACAGUUUCUUCCUUCAUUUACUGCAGUAAAACCUAUACAAGC